AUGUGGUAUGUUGGAUUUAUAAGGAAAAGACGAAUGGUGAUAUGUCUACUUUAAUCGAAGAAGGCCAAACUAUGCCAAAGUGCGUAACAAGAAGAAGCAUUAUUUGGAGAUGAAGUACAUAUGUUAUAGAGUUGGGACCUAUAAGAGUCGUGUUGGUGUACAGACAGAAGAUGAAUCAUCGAAAAGCCGGCCAAUUCAGAAACCAAGCAAGAAGAUCGAUUGCAGAUGCUAUGUUACUGUCACCUGUUAUUUUCUAGAACCUAAUGUAAUAUUCGUUAAAGAUAAAGUAUUAAGUCGUAAAGGUCAAUGGGACAAAAGAAUUGUCUGUUUAAGUAAAUGUCCUAUUGACUUAUAUAUGGUUAUUGAUACGUAGGGGCCUUACUUUUCUACACUUUGUGGGGUUUUUUAUUUAAUGUUAAAGUGUUAUCCUUGCAGCU